AAAAAUUUUGAUGACAGGUUUCUCCACGAUUACGGUACACGAAACAUUAGCAGUUCGUAGUCGUGGUCGUAAACUUUGUCGCGACAAUUCGGGAUCGUUUUAUUAGUCAUAUUUGUCGCCUAAUAGUGCAAAAUUUAGAUGAAUCUUUUCGCAAAACGUUGUUAGUUUAGUUUCCAAGUAAAACCGGUAGAAAAUACGGAUUUUUUUCGAUCGUAAAUUAUUUUCAUUCCACUUCACACACAAAGAUGAAAUCGUUCGGGGUGCGGGGUAUCGUUCUGCUUCACGUAGCGCUGAUUCUGCUGAUCCAGCAAGUCGCCGCGGGUAGGGAUUUCUACAAAAUUCUGGGCAUCCGGAAGACGGCAGGCAAGAACGAAAUCAAGAAAGCUUACAGAAAACUGGCCAAAGAGCUGCAUCCCGACAAGAACCAGGACGAUCCCGAAGCGUCCCAGAAGUUCCAGGAUCUCGGAGCCGCCUACGAGGUGCUGUCCGACGAUGACAAACGCAAACUGUACGAUCGGUGCGGCGAGGAGUGCGUCAAGAAGGAAGGCAUGAUGGACAACACGGAUCCUUUCGCGCACUUCUUCGGCGAUUUCGGGUUCGGAUUCGGCGGAGGUCAAGAACAGCGAGAAACCCCAAAGGGCGCCAACAUCGUGAUGGAUCUGUACGUAACGCUGGAAGAGCUGUACAAUGGAAACUUUGUGGAGAUAACGCGCAACAAGCCGGUCAUGAAACCGGCGCAGGGCACCCGUAAGUGUAACUGCCGGCAGGAGAUGGUCACGCGGAAUUUGGGCCCGGGCCGGUUCCAGAUGAUGCAGCAAACCGUGUGCGACGAGUGCCCGAAUGUGAAGCUGGUCAACGAAGAGCGCACAAUUGAGAUCGAAAUUGAACAGGGUAUGCAAGAUGGACAGGAAACCAAAUUCUCUGGCGAGGGCGAGCCACACAUCGAUGGCGAUCCAGGAGAUUUGAUUCUGAAGAUCAAAACGGUGCCACAUCAGAGGUUCGAACGACGAGGCGAUGAUCUGUACACCAACGUUACGAUCAGCUUACAGGAUGCGUUGAUUGGAUUCACCAUGGAAAUUGAACACCUGGAUGGUCACAAAGUGGCCAUCACGCGAGAGAAAAUUACUUCGCCCGGUUCCAGACUUCGCAAGAAUGGCGAAGGUAUGCCUAACUAUGAGAACAAUAAUCUGCGGGGCACUUUGUACAUUACGUUCGAUGUGGACUUCCCCAAGACACAAUUCAGCGACACUAAGAAAGAAGACAUCAAAAAUCUCCUAAAUCAAUCCUCCGUCAACCGGGUGUACAACGGGCAUCGGUUCUCGUAACUCUACGCGCAUAAGCCGCAACCUACAAGACUUCAGAAGCAUUAGAGUAAAUUGACAUUAAAUGCAACAAAGCGUUCGUCCUAGUAAAAGAAAAUCUAUCCCCUACUCUAUUCUAUAAUUUAUAAACCAAAAAAACAAGGGACAUUUUGUGGCAAUGUUGUUUUGUUUUACUUGGGGGGCUCCCCAAACUUACACAAUAGCAGCAUUUAGAAAAAAAAACAAAAAUUCCGAAUGCUAUAAACCAGUCUACUCGAAGUAGCCAUUUUUUGUUCAUUUUUGUGGACCCGAUUGUAAGUUUCGUGAAUUUCAUUUAUUCACGAGUUUAGAUGCUUAUUUGUGAUGUACGAGAGUUUUCGUGUAAAUAUGUGCUGUAGAGUAAACGAAUUGAUAAAUUAAAUUACAAAAUGAUCAAAUUUGAA